AGUAGGAGCUGGAGAUGGGUGAGUCGCUGCAGAGGAUGCACAGUAUUAAAGUCUUUAAGCAGUAACUAACGUACGUGAUCAACGCAGCUAAAGAGCAUCGGCGCACUCCUGCUGCAGACUUCACGUCGUCUGGGAGAUUAUUGAUCGACUGGGAGUCUUUUUUGAAAGCUUGCGGGCUAAUGUUAGCGAGCGGAUCCAGGCCCUGCCAAGACUCUUAUAGUUCACUGCAUUGUUUUUGUCAGCUCAUGUGUGCAGAUGUAACUGGCCACGCUUGACUCCUUGCAUAAUUAAGUAAUCAGCCUGCCUCGCUUGACUUUAGCUGCAUUUGAAACAUCACACUAAAGCCUGCAAUCGACAUGACUUCCAGGAGGACGGGCUACAGUACCGGUAGCAUGGACUCCUCUACGGCGAGCAGCGGCGGCUCCGUCCAUGGUGGAAACCGUAAACAGAGUAUCAUCAACAUCCCCGACAGGCCCGGGCCAGAGUCCUGCUACGAGAGGAAAGCGGACAAGGCUGGAUACGGAGCUUCGCACGGUGGCGUGACGGUAACGUCCCUGAAAUCCCGUCUCGCACCCACCAUCCAGACUGCCAUGUCCGCCGCGGUCGAUACCCUCCUUGGCGAGGUGGUGCUAGUGCUCAAUGAGACUCAGCAAGAGCUUCUGCACAAGGAAGAAGAGAAUGAGAGACUCAAAGUGCGCCUUGAAGUGUCCGAGAGGGAGCUGAAGGCUUUGCAGGAGUGUCUGUGCAGCGCUCAGAAGCUCAUAGACCAGCUGCAGGGCUCAUACACUGGCCCCCAGACCAUCAGUCAGUCAGUCUUUGCCCCAUCACUGUCUUCCAUGGCCUCAAUGACUGCAGGCUUGGACCGGGACCACCAGAACCCUCGAAAUGUGAAUGGAGCAGGUGUUGAUAUGGGUCUUGGUGGAUCUGUGGAUGAAUCACUUCAUGGGUUUGAGCCAAGAGAUGACUACAAAAUGUGCCAGCUUUCAAUCCAACCAGAUGGCUCUGUGACUAACCAUGCUCUGGACUCCUUUACAUCUAAUGCCUCUCAUAUGUGCUCUGAUACCAGCAGACCAGAUGAGAGGGCAUCUCAGGGACCAGGUGGAGCAUCUAGGUUUGAGAUUAAAGAGGAGCAAGGCUCCGGUCAGUCUGGCAGGAAGGAGCCUGGGAUGCGAAAUGACAACAGAGAUGCAGAAGGAUCAUCCCACAGCGUGGGUGACCUCGGAUAUGUUCAAGUUGGAGGGGAUGGAGGUUCCCAGCGUUCCUUUACUCAUCCUCUGCGUCACCAAAGACAAGUGCGAGAAUGCACCAGUGCCUUGCAACAAGGGGGACUUGAUGGACAAAAGUCAAUGGUUCGGACUUCUGGAGCUGGGAGAGGAGACAGCAUUUCUCCCGGCCGAGUGGAGGACUCAGCAGGACCUUCUGUCUCUGACCCAAUAGGGGAGCCAUCUGGAGAUCGGCCCCACCACUGCUUGGAGUGUGGAAAGACCUUCCGCCUGAUCUCAAGCCUGAAGAAGCACAUUCGCAUCCACACCGGGGAGAAGCCCUACCCAUGCGCGGUUUGUGGCCGCCGUUUCCGUGAGUCAGGUGCCCUUAAGACCCACCUGCGCAUACACACAGGUGAGAAACCGUACUCUUGUUCAGAGUGUGGAAACUGUUUCCGCCACUUGGACGGUUUGCGCAAACACAGACGCACACAUACAGGGGAGAAACCGUAUGUGUGCGCCAUCUGCGGGAAACGCUUGAGCCGCCUGCAGCACCUCAAACACCACCAGCUCAUCCACACCGGAGAGAGACCGUGCUGCUGCCCCUUCUGCAACCGUAGCUUCAAGGAGCCUGCGGCGCUGAGGAAGCACAUCCGUACACACAGGGAGGAAGGCGGUCACAUGGGGAUUGGUGCCAGUGAUGACACGGACCCAGAUGCCAUAGAUGACAUUAACAACCUUCAUCCGGCGGCUCCGUCCCCACAGAUGAGGUUUGGGGAGUGGGGUGCAGAGGAGGAUGACACUUCAGUUGUGGACUGUGUGUAAGGAAGGUUAAAGGGUCAACUGUUGGUGUUCAUUCUUACCAGAAAACAUACUACAGGUGAAAAUAAAUGAAAUGUCUGUGUAGUUAGUAAACAUGAUGGUUAGGGUUAUCUCUGUUCCAUGCUGUUAAAGUGAAGAAUCCGGCUACAUAUAACACUAGCCUCAGAGUUUUGUCUGCUUCUGGCAUUUUCAUGUUUCAUGUUUCACAUUCUUAGAUGUAAAAAUAACUUUUAAAAUACACACUCUACAUUCUUCAAUAGCGACUGUUUUCUUAUCCGGACCUUCUUCGAGCAGCAGCACCAUCAGCAGCGUGCAGGUUGUUCUUGGCACAGGAAGUUUCUAGUUCGUCAGCUUCCCGGCAGUAAUUUGGGAAAACGAUGGCAGAAAUGAACAAAAGCUGUCUUUACACUGCUGUUACAAAAAAUGUACAAAAAGUGCCUUGAACACAUCAACUGAGUCACUGCUGCUGCUGCUGCAGCCGCUGCAGUAUAUGGCAAUUCCCUUCUGGAUUUUAGUCAGGACAAAGUGUUAUGAUAAUGGUCAAUAUUUUCUUGAAGUUUCACACAUUAGACAUAGACUGAAUUGUCUGAAUAGGCAUGCUUUUUGCUAACAGACCGAGGGCUCAGAUAGUAAUGGAUCCAUUUAAGGCUGGUUCAUGCUUCUUGUGCGGGCAGACAUGCAGCAGUUCAGACCAUGUACAUUAUUGAAUAACACAAACGUCACAGUAUUAUUGGUUGAAUUAUUUGAUGUCGAUGAAGUGAUAAUAAUUUGGUGUGUGAUAUUGAUGCUUUCACAUAGUAUUUAUUUAUCUAAACUUCUUUUCAUCAUUAAGUGUUAAGAUGUCAUUAUGAGAUCACAGUGUGAUCAUUCACAUUUCACUCAGCUGGAUGAGCCAAUUAAACUGUCAAACAAUUGGAUCACUUUCACUUUAAGGGAGGAGUCCACCUGCAUUUUUUCAAAUGGAAGCUGGUGAGAGCUCAGUCUUUCUCUGUGGCUGCUGGCUAGGUGAGCUGGGGGGUUUAUAACGGUUAAUAUGCAGCGUCAUCAUGCAGAAACUUGCAUUUGACACUAAAACAUACUUACCUAGACAAAACAUUUUUAGUUUUUGGAUUUGAAUAAUAAACAACACUAAUGUGAAGCUAAAGAAUGUCCAAUGCUCCAAAAACACUGGCAACUGGCAUGGCUCCUAUCAUGAUAUUGUUAUUAUGUGGAUAAAUCUCCCAGCUCUACCUCAUUCUUCAUCAGUGCUGUGCUACUGUCUGCUAAUCCUGUUUGGAGGUGUUUGCAGCACUACACUACUUAAAACCUAUGUAAGUUCAAGUUGAUUUAAUUGAAAAAUUAGAGUUGUUUUGUUUUAUUUUUUCCAGUGGUUGUCACAAGUGGAUGCAGAUACAGAGAAAGAUCUCUUAAAAUGAGCUAAAAUAUCAUUUUGUGUACAUUCACGCUGUUGCGUGUGCCUUCAUGAAGCUUGAACUAGUUUUACUGUUGGGUCAGCUGAUCAUCUUCUUUUCUCAUCACUUACACAGCGAUGAUGUCAUCUUGUCGAGACUUUGAAUCACUACAUGUAUUUAUCUGUGCACGGAAAAAUACAGAGUCAGGUGACAGGAGGCUCAGCUCAUCAGCAUGCAUCAACAACUUCUAUCUAGUUUUAAUAUUUCUCUCGUCGUAUUAACGUCUCUAUCUUAUGGACCACAUCUUAGCAUUCCAACUGUUUUUUUUGUUCAAGCUGCUACUGUUUAUCUAGAAAGCCCCUUUUCUAGACUAUUAUUGUUACCAGCCAGUCCUAGCAAUUACUAGCGGACAGAUUUUGGUGCUUGCAUGUGCAUAUCUGUUCUUCCGCUGGCAGCAAUGCUCCCUCCCAUCCCCAGCUGUUUCUGUAAAUAAGAAUGUAGUUUUAGCCAUUUUAUCCGGUUCAAUAAGGGUUAACAUUUGUGGAAAAAGUAAAUGUGCAACAAUGACAAUUAAAAAAAACAAAAACGUAAUGUGCUUUAAAACAGCAGUAUGCCAACAUACAGUGUAAAUAUAUAUAUAUAUAAUCUUAUUAAAUCUUCCUGAUGUUAUUCCUGAUGAUCCGAUGUGACACAACUGAUGCAUCGGGGGUUAACAGCAGCACAGCAUUAAUCCUCUCAGCCUUUUGAGCUAUACCGUAGGUCUCGUGUCAUUUUCUAAGUAUACUACUAUAAUGGUCUCUAUGUAACUAUUCUAUGUAUGUUUACAAGUGUAAGUCAUUUGGAAAGGCGCUGAAAAUGUUCAAUAGUUGUCAUUGUAUACCCAGAAAGCAAUUUGCCAAGUAAGUCUUAUCCCAGAUGGUCAUAUUUAUUGU